CGCUAGGUGGCGAUACAGCGGGCGCAAAGUAAAGUCUCAGACGUGCGAGUGGUCGAAUUUUUUUCUAUACGUGAAAUAACCGAGUGCAAAUAUCCAAACGCAACGCAAUGGCUGCUAGAUUUAUACAGAGAAUUCUCAAGCAAUUGGGUUUUCAGGCUGCGCGUGAUGCGGCGCCAGAGUCAACGGCCUUGGCCGGAGCAACAUUUAAAGCCAAGAUCAACACAACGCCCGCUGCCAGCCGCGGCUAUGCGUCCGGCGUCAGAAAGGUAACGCUUAUACCCGGCGAUGGCAUUGGUCCAGAGAUCUCUGCUGCUGUGCAAAAGAUUUUCACUGCCGCCAAAGUGCCCAUCGAAUGGGAGGCUGUCGAUGUGACGCCCGUCCGUGGUCCCGAUGGCAAAUUCGGCAUUCCCCAGGCGGCCAUCGAUUCGGUUAACACCAACAAGAUUGGCCUCAAGGGUCCACUAAUGACGCCCGUGGGCAAGGGCCAUCGCUCACUGAACCUGGCAUUGCGCAAGGAGUUCAAUCUGUACGCCAAUGUGCGUCCCUGCCGCAGUCUGGUUGGCUACAAGACGCUCUACGAUGAUGUCGAUGUGGUCACCAUUCGCGAGAACACCGAGGGCGAGUAUUCUGGCAUCGAGCACGAGAUUGUCGAUGGCGUUGUCCAGAGCAUCAAGCUAAUCACCGAGGAUGCCUCCAGGCGUGUGGCCGAAUACGCCUUCCAAUAUGCCAAAAACAACAAUCGCAAGAAGGUGACCGUCGUGCACAAGGCGAACAUUAUGCGCAUGUCGGACGGCCUGUUCCUGCGUUGUGUGCGCGAAACGGCGCAAAAGUAUCCCGAAAUUCAGUUCGAGGAGCGCUACUUGGACACGGUGUGCCUGAACAUGGUCCAGAAUCCCGGCAAAUACGAUGUGCUGGUCAUGCCCAAUCUGUAUGGUGAUAUUCUGUCUGAUAUGUGCGCCGGUCUGGUCGGCGGUCUGGGCCUGACGCCAUCGGGCAACAUGGGUCUGAAUGGUGCUCUGUUCGAGUCUGUGCACGGCACAGCGCCCGAUAUCGCCGGCAAGGAUCUGGCCAAUCCCACAGCACUGCUGCUCUCGGCGGUGAUGAUGCUGCGCCACAUGGAGCUCAAUUCGUAUGCCGAUAAAAUUGAGGCAGCCGCCUUUGCCGUCAUCGCGGAAGGCAAAUAUCUAACUGGUGAUCUUGGCGGCAAGGCCAAGUGUUCCGAGUUCACAAACGAGAUCUGCUCCAAGCUAUAAAUUUGGCCCAGCAGCCAGCACACGCCGACGCAGUCGUUCAGAGUGUUUUAACAGAAGCAACAACAACAACAACAA